AUGAGUACAAUUCGUUUAAACUUGGAUAAAAUGAUUCAUCUUGACAAAGAAAUUGAAUGUAUACGAUAUUAUAUUCUUCAUUCAGUGGAAACCGAUUCUAAAAUUAUUGAUGGUUAUUCUCAAAAAAUGACUCAAAUUAAAACAAUUACUAAUGAUGUUCGAAAAUUAGUACGACAGUUAAAACAACAGUUGACCGUUCAACAAACAGUUAAAAGAAGAAUUGAAAUAGCUCAACUACAUACAGUCACACAUCAACUUUAUUUAAUAUCAGAUGAACAUUAUAAACGAGAAAUGACUUAUCGCGAAAAUUAUAAAAAACGUCUAAAACGACAUUGUUCACUGACAGGUCGUUCGUUAACUGAAGCGGAAUUGGAAAAUUUAAUUGAAUACGAUUAUCCCGCAUAUACUAUGCCUUCUGUGAUGGUUGAUACUCAACGUCACACAUUAAACCGCUUAACAUGUCAAUAUCAUGAUAUUCGAAAAUUGGAAUCAGAUAUCAAAGAAUUAUACGAUUUGUUUCUAGAAAUAGCCGAACUUAUACGAACACAAGAUGAAAAAUUAAUGACAAUUCAAGAGCAUACUUUACAGACAGAAAAAUGUAUUAUCGAAGUAACUACUCAAACUAAAGAAUCAUCAGGUGUCACAAUUGACUAUGGACCUUUUGGAUUUUUGGAUCGUUAUGAUCCAAAGUUUAUUUGUAACGGAUCAGACGACAAUGGACGCUAUUCUUACAAACAACAGCCAAGUGUUUGUCGUUGGAAUUGUGUAAAACUCGCUGAAGCACUUAGUGGCGUAGCCACAGGUGGGCUGGGGUGA